AUGCACGGCGACAUCGGUACCAAACUUGCCCAACAUGCCAAACGCACCCUGGCCCUGCCCACGCUCCCGCCCUACCAAACCGAACUCGUGCGAGGCUGUGUGCGCGAGACACGCGAUCUCGACCGCGACGUCGCGCGCCUCCUCGAACCGUACACCACCACCGUGUCGACGGUCGACGAAGACGGCAACCCGACAUUCACGCAGCAAUCGACGUUCAGCCCCGUCGAGCACCCGGAGACGGCGUGCGCGCUGCUCGUCGACCACCUCUCGAUGCGCCGCAACAAGAGAUGUCUCCUUGCGUACCACCGCGUGCGGGCCGAGAAGCUAGAGUCGCUCGCGUGGGAAGGCCGAGAUAUCGACGAGACAGUCGUGGGCGUCGGCGGUGUGAGAGAUGGAGGGGCAGGGGCAGGGGCAGGUGCAGGGGCAGGAGCGCCGCAAAACGCACUGAGCCCGGAAGAAGAGUCCUAUUUUCGAAAGUACACCGACCUACUGGCGCAGUACAAGGGACAAUGGACCGACGUCGACCUCACGGGGACACUGGACCCGCCCAGGGAUCUGUUCAUCGACGUGCGCGUGCUCAAGGACGCCGGCGAGAUACAGACCGAGUACGGCGCCAUCAAUCUGACGAAGAACAGUCAGUUCUACGUCCGACAAGCGGAUGUGGAGAGGUUGAUUGCCAUGGGCUUCUUGCAGAGAUUGAGUUGA